AUGUUUUAUCAGCAGUGCCGGCGGUUAAAUAUACCUGUGACUUUUGGCGUGACCAUUGUCGAUUUCGAAGAGAGCGCUUCCCAACGUACAGGAACUGCUAUUGCUGCGGAUGGUCUCCGGUUCACUGCUGAUAUCAUCAUCGCUGCCGAUGGUCUAGGCACAAAGUCUCACAAGCUCGUCGCAGGAGAGGUCAUUCGGGCUAUUCCCACCGGCUUUGCUAUUUGUCGAACCUUUUAUCGUUUAGAUCCAGAGAAGCACGCAGCUCUCUGUAAGAAGCUUACCGAGUUGACGCGGCCCGACUGUCGCUGCUUUUCAGGUGAGGGUUUCCACUGCAUUUCUGUUCUCGGCAACGAUUCCGUCUUCGUUGGUAUUACGAUACCAGAUGACGGCACUGCCCAGGAGUCCUGGGCGGAGAGCAUCACAAAUGAAGAGUUCAUCAGAUUACUCCCGAUGACCGACAGCUUUGACCCUUUGGCACUGGAAAUAAUCCGCAACAUUCCGGAGAACAGCACCACCAAGUGGCAGCUUUGCUGGCGCGACCCACAGCCUAAAUGGACGUCUCCUGAAGGCCGCAUCAUACAGUUGGGUGACAGUGCUCAUGCAUUCAUCCCCUCAUCUAUGUCAGGCGCAACUACUGCGCUAGAGGAUGGCCUGUCGCUGGCUGAAUGCUUGCGGCUCGCCGGCAAAGAACACGCCCAUCUUGCGACCAAAGUCCACGAACUGAUGCGGCUUCGUCGCGUCUCUAUUCUUCAGCGCGUUGGUUUCUCGAACAGGCGGGAAAUGCACCAGAAGGGUGGUUUCGAGGAAAUCGUCAAAAACGAGACUGAUGGCGGAUCCAUGGCGCUUGGGAAGUGGGUUUGGACGCAUAACGCUGAAAAGUACGCGACUGAAAACUUUGCCAAAGCGAGACAGUGCAUGGAAACGAGUACCGAGUUCCAGCACACUAAUAUUCCUAAGGGAUUCAAGUGGGAGGAUUGGUCUAUGAAGCAGGAGCUUGAAAAAGAGCAACGGGGAAUCAGCACACCCGAUUUAAAGCUGAACGGUGAUUGGAGUAUUUACUAG